CAUUCAAUCAAUGAGAACACAACCACGGACACUUUUUCCUCCUCUAUAAAGGAACUUCAAAUAAAUAAUAAUGGAAGCGUAGUCGAAUAUGAAUAUAUACUCAUUCCGACAAGAAACUACUUCGUAUUAGUUUUGAUAUAAAAAACAAAAUAUAUGUGGGGCUGCCCCCCUCCCCCGUCCUUUAAGCAGGGCCACUCAUAUGUUUGUGUCCCAUUGCGGGUGAGAGAGGAGGGUGAGGCUGUGAAAAGAGGGAGACAAAAGAGGCUCCGCUUGCAUUCAAUGCGCCUCUGCCGCAAGCCUGCAAGCAACACAGACGCUCUCUCUUCUUCAGCCUGCACGGGAAGUUUGGACACUUUUGGCGCAGCGAGGCGGCCGGCAGAGGACCCCCGGUGGAAGGGCUCCCAUAGGCCGAGCAGAGGACCGGAGGAAGGGCUCUCAUAGACCGAGCAGAGGACCGUAGGAAGGGCUCUCAUAGACCGAGCACAGGACCGGAGGAAGGGCUAUCACAGACCGAGCAGAGGACCGGAGGAAGGGGCCUCAUAGACGAACAGAGGACCGGAGGAAGGGCUCUCAUUGACCGAGCAGAGGACCGGAAGAAGGGGUCUCAUAGACCGAGCAGAGGACCGGAAGAAGGGGUCUCAUAGACCGAGCAGAGGACCGGAGGAAGGGCUCUCAUAGACCGAGCAGAGGACCGGAGGAAGGGCUCUCAUAGACCGAGCAGAGGACCGGAGGAAGGGCUCUCAUAGACCGAGCAGAGGACCGGAGGAAGGGCUCUCAUAGACCGAGCAGAGGACUGGAAGAAGGGAUCUCAUAGACUGAGCAGAGGACCGGAGGAAGGACUCUCACAGACCGAGAAGAGGACCGGAGGAAGGACUCUCAAAGGCCGAUCACAGAACCGGAGGAAGGACUCUCACAGACCGAGCAGAGGACCGGGCGCUCCUCCUCUCUGCUCCCCCCCACCCCCGGCCUCAAGCGUGGAGAGCUGGGCGGCGGUGCUCCGGGAAGAACCGCAGCCAGAACAAAGGAGGCGAGCGGAGCGGAGAGCAGCUUCCACCUCGUUAUUCCUCUCUUCUCCCCAAACAGGAUCAAUGUAUCAGUAAAAAAAAACAAAAACAAAACAACAACAACCGAGGCUCCAACCGAGUAUUUCUCCGUCAAGCUUACCGGGGAGACAAGAAGGACAAGACCCGCGCAGAGACGCACGUUGGCGGCCAGGAUGUUCCCUCAAAAUCGACCACCGGACAAUGCCCUCGUUUGGGGGAGGGGUUUGCUAAUGGCCACAACUGCUCCUCUGCAGCCACCCCCAGGGUCCUCGGCCUCCGUGGUGGCGGCCGCCGCAGCAGCAGCCGCCGCCGCGUCAGGGACCGCCCAGUCGCUGAAACUGACAUACCCAGAGACUUUGGACCGCAUCAAGGAGGAGUUCCAGUUCCUGCAGACCCAGUACCACAGUUUGAAGCUGGAAUGUGAGAAACUGGCCACGGAGAAGACUGAGAUCCAGAGACACUACGUUAUGUAUUACGAGAUGUCCUACGGACUCAACAUUGAAAUGCACAAACAGACGGAGAUUGCCAAGCGGUUGAAUGUGAUCUGUGCUCAACUCAUCCCAUUCCUGUCACAGGAGCACCAACAACAGGUGGUCCAAGCCAUGGAGCGUGCCAAACAGGUGACCAUGGGGGAGUUAAAUGCUUCUAUAGGGCAGCAGCUCCAAGCCCAGCAUCUCUCCCAGCAUGCACAGGGUCUGUCGGUGGGCCCGCACCCGUCAGGACUCCCCCACCCGGGGCUGGCGCUGGGCGGGGGCUCCGGUCUGCUGGCCCUGUCGGGGGCCCUUGGGGCCCAGUUGGCCGCCAAGGAUGAGAGGGCUCACCUGGAGGCCGCCGCUGCCGCCGCCGCUGCUGCGGAGCAUCACAGAGACCGGGAAGCAGGACCAAGCUCGCUGUCCAAUGGGGACAAAGGUCGCCCUGCAGAUUACCUCAGCAACGGCAAGAAGAGGAAAGCGGAGGAGAAGGAGUUCAUGACAGACUAUGGCAGCGACGCCGAUAAAAGCGACGAUAACUUGGUGGUGGACGAGGACCCCUCGUCCCCCCGCAGCGUCCAGUCCUACUCCUCCAGGGAGAACGGUUUGGACAAGAUGGCGCCCUCCCGCAAGGACGGCCCCCCGCUGGCCAGCCCCACAUCCCUGGCUUCGUCCAGCAGCGCCGCCUCGCCGUCCCGCGGCAAGGAGCCCACGCAGAGAGAGAAGUCCAGCACCCCCGGCAUGAAGCCCGGCACCCCCAUGUCACAAGAGUCCAACACCCCCGGACCCAGCGGACCGCCACAGUUCCGGCCCAUCCCUGGCAAGCCGGGUGUGGACCCCUUGGCUCUGGGCCUGAGGAACCCCUUGGGGGCCGUGCAGGGGGCGUACCCCCCGGCUGCUUUCGCUCUGCCUCCCCCCGGGGUCAACGGCGACCUCCCUGGGGCGGCGAGCUACGGCGCCGGCCUCCAUUUGGUUUCUCCGCAGAUGAAUGGAGCGGUGGCGGCGGCUGCUGCUGCCGCCGCCGCCGCCGGGUACGGACGCUCCCCAGUGGUGGGUUAUGAAUCCCCCCACCCGCACAUGAGGGUACCCGGGCUGCCCGCCGGCCUGCAGUCGGCCGCCGCCGGUAAACCGGCCUACUCCUUCCACGUGAGCGCGGACGGGCAGAUGCAGCCGGUGCCCUUCCCCCCCGACGCCCUGCUGGGCCCGGGCAUCCCUCGCCACGCCCGGCAGAUCCACAGCCUGAGCCACGGCGAGGUGGUGUGCGCCGUCACCAUCAGCGCCUCCACACGCCACGUCUACACGGGAGGCAAAGGCUGCGUCAAGGUGUGGGACAUCAGCCAGCCCGGCACCAAGAGUCCCAUGGCCCAGCUCGACUGUCUGAACAGAGACAACUACAUCCGCUCCUGCAAGCUGCUCUCCGACGGGCGCACCUUGAUCGUGGGCGGCGAGGCCAGCACGCUGUCCAUCUGGGAUCUGGCCACGCCCACCCCUCGCAUCAAGGCGGAGCUGACGUCGUCGGCCCCGGCCUGCUACGCCCUGGCCAUCUCGCCCGACAACAAGGUGUGCUUCUCCUGCUGCAGCGACGGCAACAUCGUGGUCUGGGACCUGCACAACCAGACCUUGGUCAGGCAGUUCCAGGGCCACACGGACGGAGCCAGCUGCAUCGACAUCUCCAACGACGGCACCAAGCUGUGGACGGGAGGACUGGACAACACCGUGCGCUGCUGGGACCUCCGGGAGGGACGCCAGCUGCAGCAGCAUGACUUCACCUCCCAGAUCUUCUCUCUGGGUUAUUGUCCCACUGGAGAGUGGCUGGCUGUGGGGAUGGAGAGCAGCAACGUGGAAGUCCUGCACGUGUCCAAGCCUGACAAGUACCAGCUGCACCUUCACGAGAGCUGUGUUCUCUCACUCAAGUUUGCAUACUGCGGGAAAUGGUUUGUAAGCACCGGCAAAGACAACCUGCUGAAUGCAUGGCGGACACCUUACGGCUCCAGCAUAUUCCAGUCCAAGGAGUCGUCGUCGGUUCUGAGCUGCGACAUCUCCCCUGACGACCAGUUCAUCGUGACGGGGUCCGGGGACAAGAAAGCGACCGUGUACGAGGUCAUCUACUGAAGGGGGCGUCUCCCAAAGCGGUGGGCGGGGCCUCGCCCGGGUGACUGUACAGGGCAUGGUCGUCAUGGCAACGAGACACUCCGCUUCUUUUUGUUUGAACAAAUUCCGAGAGACUCCAAAAGAGCGCUGGUUAGUGUGCAAGCGCGGGAUUCCUCCAAAGAUGUUUUUUUCUUCUUCUCGACAAAAUAAAACCUCGGUAGCGGACAAGAAAUUAGGACAAAAACAAGCUUAUUUUUUUAGCCUUUUUUUAUUUGAUUGAUUUUUGGCCCACCAGGAGGCGGGACAAGAGCGCCUCCUGUGCUUUAGCAACAUGAUUGUAUGUUCUUGUGGAGCGUCACUCCAGCAACUCUUUGCUGCUGCCCGCUUUUCUAGCGUCUUUGCUGCUUUGUCAACCUUGGAUGUGUAAAUAAAGUUCUCAAAGGCAAA